AUGCUAUCCAGACUCUCGGCCCUUCCGUUGAAGGCCGGAUGUACCCGUCUGUAUAUGGCUCUCAGGUAUCUGUCCAAAAAAAGUCUACCCGAGCUCUAUCCUGAACUUUCCAAAUCAGACUUCACAGAGGAAGGAGAUCCAAACUAUCUCAAGUUGAUUCUUACCUCCAGAGUUUACGACGUCGUUGACAACGCAGGCUCUCCCUUGAGCCAUGCGGUCAAUUUGUCACAUAAAUGCAAGGCCAACGUGUUCUUGAAGAGAGAGGAUUUGUUACCUGUGUUCUCGUUUAAAUUGAGAGGUGCUUACAACAUGAUUGCCAAGCUCCAUGCCAAAACACCAUUGAAUGGUGUUAUUGCUUGUUCUGCUGGAAACCAUGCCCAAGGUGUCGCCUACUCCGCUGCGAAAUUGAAUAUCCCCUCGACCAUCGUUAUGCCUACCGCUACCCCAUCUAUCAAGUACACGAAUGUGAGCAGGCUCGGAUCCCAAGUUGUUCUUUAUGGUGAGGACUUCGAUUCUGCCAAACAGGAAUGUGCUCGUUUGAGAAGCAUCAAUAAUUUGACCGACAUCCCACCUUUCGAUCAUCCCUUUGUCAUCGCUGGACAGGGAACUGUUGGUUUGGAGCUCACAAGACAGCUUGUUCUCGACGACUUGAGUGCUGUGUUCAUUCCCGUUGGUGGUGGUGGCUUGAUCGCUGGUGUGGGCUCGUACUUGAAGAAGGUGGCUCCCCAUGUUAAGAUCAUUGGAGUCGAAACAUACGACGCUGACGCUUUGUAUCAAUCUUUGCAUAACGACAAGAGUACCACCCUUUCUUCUGUGGGUUCUUUUGCUGAUGGUACCGCAGUGAAAGUUUUGGGAACUGAAACCUGGCGUUUGUGCCACGAAUUCGUGGAUGAGGUGGUGAGAGUCAACACCGAUGAGACCUGUGCCGCUAUCAAAGAUAUCUUCGAGGACACAAGAUCCAUCGUUGAGCCAUCUGGUGCCCUUGGUGUUGCCGGUAUGAAAAAAUACAUCCAACAGCAUAGUGACACCAUUGACCAUCGCACCAAGACUUACGUGCCCAUCUUGUCCGGUGCUAACAUGAACUUCGAUAGAUUGAGAUUUGUCAGUGAAAGAGCUGUUCUUGGUGAGGGUAAGGAAGUCUCCUUUGUUGUCUCUAUCCCUGAAAAACCAGGUGAGUUUGCCAAGCUUCAGCAAAUCAUUCACCCAAGAGCCAUCACCGAGUUUUCUUACCGUUACACUGAUUCCGAUAUGGCAAACAUUUACGUGUCUUUCAAUGUCCUUAACAAGACCAAGGAGGUUGCUGAAAUCAUUGAUGUCAUGACGAACGCUGACCACGGGUAUGAAGUUGUCGACAUCUCAGACAACGAGGUUGCCAAGACGCACGGUCGUUAUCUCGUCGGUGGAAAGUCAAAUGGCGCUCAUAAGACUCACAAAGAGAGUUUAUUCCAAUUCGAAUUCCCUGAAAGACCCGGUGCUUUGACGAACUUUUUGCAAAGGAUGAAGGGUAACUGGGACAUAACAUUGUUCAACUACAGAAACCAUGGCAAUGAUGUUGGUAAGGUUUUGUGUGGAUUUGUGAUUCCUGAAGAUUCAAGCGAGGAAGAUUUCCACCAAUAUCUCCAGAACUUGGGUUACAAGUACACCGACGAGACUGAGAAUGUUGUCUACCAGAAGUUCUUGAAGUAA